ACGGAACUUUUAACAAAUGAUUGGUACGAAGCCUGCGCACAGGAACAUGAAAAUAAAAAUUCGACACAAGGUUACAAUCAAACUUACAGUUUAAACAUUUAAAUAGAAAAAUAAGAUCGUUUCGUUUUCGUCUAGUCGAUUUAAAAAUUAAGCGAACCGGCAAGCUGGGCCAAUGAACUUCAUGAAUUUGUUAUGAAUCCAGUCUAUUCUAAUGGAAUGAGUAUGAGAUAUUGAGGUGUAGAUAACUGAACAGAAAUCAAGGGAUGGAGUAAUUAUUGAUGUAUAUAGAGUAAAUUUUGCUGAUGGUGUAAGAAGUUUGCAAUUUCACCACAUUAGUCCAAGCAGCCGGUUCGCUUUUUUAACAAUGGUGUCCACAUGGGUGGAAAAGGUUAAGUUUCCAUCAAUGUGGACACCAAGAUCACGAUGUAGGUCACCAAGAUCACGAUGACAUAAUUAAUGUUGAAAUAUUGAAUCCCAACACGAUGGCAUGCAUUUCAAUACUUGGAGUAUGUGUUAUACUUUCUUAAAAGAAUCUACUUGACCAUUAAAAUAAUGAGGGUAUUGAAUUUGAAAACAAAAGGGUGAUUAUUUAGUCAGGUUAGGGGAUUAUCGGUGACUGUUUGGUGACUAGUUUGAAAGUCAGACUCCGGAGUAGGUGUAAAAAACGCCCCUUUUCCCCCAGUUUUUAAAUAUUAAAAAAUGUGUAUCUCAUUCACCGUUCCCCAUUUUUUUGUCAGAAAACUUUUUUCUGUCUUAAAAAAAAUCAGUGCUACAACAUAUCAAAAUUUUUUUUUCCUCCGGAGCCUGACUUGAAUUGCCCGGGUGAAUGUAAUGUGGUGACGUAUUGUUGAAUGGACGAUUUCUAUUGGCUCAUGUAAAGAGCGAUUUCUAUUGGUUCAGAUGUAUCAGUGACCGCUGGUGUCUCUAUGGUUUGAACUACCCGCUUCUAACGUCAUGUAAUGCCUUUCCUGUAGUGUAUAUAUUUAGAAGAAAUUUAGACUAAGAACAUAAAAUUAGUUUCAACUACAUAAAAUUUAGUGUUUACUUUACGAACACCUAUCCUCGAAGAUGAUAAACAGAAAUUUUUCUGAUGAACAAGACCUUUCUAACUGGGAUCUCGAUGUUAACGGGGUUUUUCUGUUACAGAUGGCGAAUGAUGUGAAUGAACUGUUUAAUUUUACAGCCGAUUUGAUAAGAUUAAAUGAAGAAGCUGUAGAAGAACAGUUAGAUAUCAAAUUUUAUAAAGUUGAAUUGUUUGACUUUUUGAACGAUCUUCAUGAAGAAGAGGAAGACAAUGAUACUGAUACUGUAAUAACAUACACAUUGCAUGUGAACAGGCUGUAUUUGAAAUUCAGAGACAUGGACGUUUAGGUUUAGGAAAGCAUAGUAAAUUAAUAAAUAAAGAACAUAAUUCCAACGCGAGACGACAGCACGGCCAAGGUAAACAUAAGAAAAUGAUGUUUUAAGAUGAUGAAGAGGAAGACGUAAAAAUCGAAGAUGAUAAUAACAGCGCGAGGCGGCAGCAUGGCCUAGGUGAGCAUGAGUGAUGUAUGAAGGUGAACAGGAAGACGAAGAAAACUACCAUGACGAUGAAAACGUUACAGUUCAAUACGGAUCUGGGAAACGUGCUAACAAAUUGCCUGAUUGCAGUACUCUGAGAAUGCGAGAUACUGAAUCAGGGGAUAGCAACGAGGACAAUGAAAAGGAUUUCAAUGACAUGGACAUAAGAGAGCUAUGUGUUAUUUGGAAAUUGAAUGAUAAAUUCAAUAAAGAAUUUAACAUGAUAGUGAGUGACCACUUGAUUACAUUAAUAAGUUUAGAUGAUGUGAGAGUUAUUGAAAUUUUGCCUUUGCUUAAUAAAAUUCUUGAAUAUGUUUUAAA